AUGGAAUCAAAUUUUGUGCGAGCCGAUAACAGCAACUUGCCUAAGAUAGACGGAUUUAUGGUUGCAGAUUUCUUUAAGAAUAACGCUGAUUACUAUGCUGCAGAACAUAAGAAUGUGAAAACAGCCGUGUCUGCAAGGGAAUCCUAUGGAGACGAUGCGAUUGGCUAUGUCCAACUACAACGGGAGCAUGGGGUUUGUACAGUUAAGUGUAAAAUGUGCCCAGAGCAUAAAGUUAGAACCAAACCAUAUAAUGUGACGAUGAUUAUUAAUGAAAAUGACAGCGAAAUUAUGAGCUGUCAAUGCCACGACUGUGCUGCUUCAGCUGGAGGAUGCAAGCAUGCAGUUGCUUUUUUGAUGUGGGUCCUUCGCCGUUCUGAUGAACCUGCAUGUACUUCCAUAGAGUGCUAUUGGAAAAAGCCUACAUUGUCCAAAGUAGGGACUACGCUAAAAUAUAUUACUGUGCAGCAGAUGUCUAAAAAAGAAGUACCUCACAGACCGAGUUCAUCAGCACUUUAUACUGAAUUUAUUUCAGAAGCCAAAAAGAGAAAAAUUGAUAACUGUGAAUUGCUAAAAUAUCAGCAUGAUUUUAAGCAUAGUAAUGUGAUGCAGUAUUCAUUGCACUGA